AUGGUUAUUGGCAUGUGCUUUGACACGACAGCUUCCAAUACUGGAAAACUCAAUGGAGCUUGCACUCUUCUAGAAAAAGCCAUGGGACGUAAUUUAGUAUGGAUGGCUUGCCGUCAUCAUAAGUUUGAAGUGCUGCUUGCCGGUGUAUAUAGUGUUUGUCUUGGAACAUCCACUGGACCAGAAAUUUUAUUCUUCAAAAGGUUUCGUAAAAAAUGGACAGAAAUGAAUCACACACCAGAAGCCAGAUCAACCCCUUUGAUAAUUGUUUCAGAUGCAAUUAAAGCAUUCAUCAAAUGUCAACUUGAGGUCAGACAUUCUCGAGAUGACUAUUUAGAGUUUCUACUUCUUGCUGCACAAAUAGCUGAACUGCAGGUUGAUGUAGCCAUUCGCAAACCUGGUUUGCCUCGAACACCUUUGUACCCUGCUGGCCACCUCGGCCAUCCCCUCUACCCUCCCGAUCUUUCGCAAAUACAAAGCUUUAAUGGGAAGCCUGAAUGUUCAAAUUUUUGUGAGUUCUUCUACUCGCAUCAACCUUACAUUACUAUCAAAUCUAUCGAUCAACAUGGAAGCUUGAAAAACGUCUUUUAA